AUGCAGACUGCUUCUAAAAACAUUUGUGAAAAACUGUGCAAUAAGUCUAUUUGUGACAUUUCCUUGUUACUAAAUAUUCCACGGUCAACAGUUAGUGAUAUUAUAACAAAGUGGAAGCAACUGGGAACAACAGCAACUCAGCCACCAAGUGGUAAAAUGACACAGCGGGGUCAGCGCAUGCUGGAGCACACAGAGCGCAUUAGUUGCCAACUGUCUGCAGAGUCAACAGCUAAAGAUGUCCAAACUUCAUGUGACAUUCAGAUUAGCACAACAACAGUGUGUAGAGAGCUUCAUGGAAUGGGUUUCCAUGGCUGAGCAGCUGCAAUCAAGUCUUACAUCUCCAAGUGCAAUGCAAAGCGUCGGAUGCAGUGGUGUAAAGUACGCCACCAAUGGACUCUAG